GCCAAUGGGAGAGGCUGCGGGAGGCUGCGGGAGCGGGAGCGGAGGGGAACAAUGGCGGCGGCGCUUGGGAAAGCCGGGGCGGGACCUCCAUCGUGGCCCUCCUGGCCCGAAUGGACGGAUCGCUUACGAGUCCUUCCGGCGUCCAAUCGACAGGGAGGUCCCGGAUUGCCCCGCCCCCUCGGGACCUGCGAGCCCCGCCCAGUCGCUGCCCACGUGGUCUGCGCCUACAGUUCCCUCGCGCUGCGGGUGCAGAACGUUCUGCGGCCAGCUCUCCCCUCGCACGUCCGCGGAGGUGUUGUGUCCUGAGCGUUUCGGUCCCCUCGCCGCCGCCAGAUUCGGACAUUUUAUUUCCUUACAUCAAGGAAAAUGUGAAAGAAUAUCUACAGACGCACUGGGAAGAGGAGGAAUGCCAGCAGGAUGUCCGUCUGUUAAGGAAACAGGCUGAAGAAGACACCCACCUGGAAGGGGCAGUUCCAAUUCCUGCAGUGGCUGGGAAUGGGGUGGAUGAUCUACAACAGAUAAUCCAGGCUGUAGUAGAUAAUGUGUUCUGGCAGAUGUCUCUGGACCGAAAGACCACCGCUCUCAAGCAGCUGCAGGGCCACAUGUGGAAGGCGGCAUUCACAGCUGGACACAUAAAAGGAGAGUUUUUUGCAGAUGUGGUUCCAGCAGUCAGGAAGUGGAGAGAGGCUGGGAUGAAGGUAUACAUCUAUUCUUCAGGAAGUGUAGAGGCCCAGAAAUUAUUAUUUGGGCAUUCUACAGAAGGGGAUAUUCUUGAGCUUGUUGAUGGUCACUUUGAUACCAAGAUUGGACACAAAGUGGAGAGUGAAAGUUACCGAAAGAUUGCAAACAGCAUUGGCUGCUCCACCAACAACAUCUUGUUUCUGACAGAUGUUACUUCAGAGGCCAGUGCUGCUGAGGAGGCAGACAUGCAUGUGGCUGUGGUGGUGAGACCUGGCAACUCCGGAUUAACGGAUGACGAGAAAAUGUACUACAGCCUCAUCACGUCCUUCAGUGACCUGUUCCUGCCCUCCUCCACAUAGAGUGUUUGCCUGACUGCCCCCUUAAGCUCUCACUUGAUUCUAAUGCAAAAGUAAUUUAUAUGUGCACACACGAGCAGGUGUACAUAUGGGUGUGCUCCAAUUUGCACAGGCUCGUAAG